UUUUAGAGCUCGGACUAAUCUAAUCAAAUUAUGAAACCCAUUCCUAAAAGUCCGUAGUAAGGGAAACUAAACUAGGGUCCCAAAAAAUUUCAUUCUUCUUCGUACUACACCUGUUGGACUUCUCUCACCUUUCUCUCUCCUUCCUUCGUGAGAUCGCCGUCGAUCUAUCAAAAAUGGUUAGAGGAUCGCUCAAAAACCUCCUUUCUAAAUCUCUCUCCUUCGCCGGAAAAUGGCCGCAGCAGCAGCAGCAGCUCCGCCGUCUCAACAUCCACGAAUAUCAGGGUGCUGAGCUCAUGAGCAAGUAUGGUGUCAAUGUUCCUAAAGGAGUUGCCGUAUCUUCUGUUGACGAAGUUCAAAAAGCCAUCAAAGAAUCUUUUGCAGGCCAGGAUGAGGUGGUUGUUAAAAGUCAAAUUCUUGCUGGUGGACGUGGAUUAGGGACAUUUAAAAAUGGGUUAAAAGGUGGAGUUCACAUUGUUAAGACAGAUCAAGCUGCAGACAUAGCUGGAAAGAUGCUUGGUCAGAUAUUGGUCACCAAACAAAGUGGGCCUCAGGGAAAACCUGUUAACAAGCUUUAUUUGUGUGAAAAGAUGUCGCUGACUAAUGAAGUUUACUUUGCCAUCACGCUUGAUCGUACUACUCUUGGUCCUCUUAUAAUUGCUUGCAGCAAAGGAGGAACAAGUAUUGAAGACCUUGCUGAAAAGUAUCCUGACAUGAUCAUCAAGGUACCUAUUGAUGUUUUCAAAGGUAUUACCGAUGAAGAUGCUGCUAAGGUUGUUGAUGGUCUUGCUCUCAAGUCGGCUGAUAAGCAGGCUUCCAUUGAACAAGUGAAGAACUUAUAUAAGCUUUUCUGUGAAUGUGAUUGCACCAUGCUGGAGAUCAAUCCUCUUGCAGAGACUUCUGACAACCAAUUGGUUGCUGCUGAUGCUAAACUCAAUUUUGAUGACAAUGCUGCAUUUCGUCAGAAAGAGAUAUUUGCUCUACGCGACACAUCACAAGAGGAUCCUCGCGAGGUUGCUGCUGCCAAAGCUGAUUUGAACUAUAUUGGUCUGGAUGGAGAGAUUGGUUGCAUGGUCAAUGGAGCUGGGUUGGCUAUGGCCACAAUGGAUAUAAUUAAGUUGCAUGGAGGAACACCUGCCAACUUUUUAGAUGUUGGUGGCAGUGCUUCUGAAAAUCAGGUGGUUGAAGCAUUUAAGAUAUUGACUUCUGAUGAGAGAGUAAAGGCAAUUAUGGUGAACAUUUUUGGAGGAAUCAUGAAGUGUGAUGUUAUAGCCAGUGGGAUCGUAAAUGCUGCAAAACAGGUCUCGUUGAAGGUACCUUUGGUUGUUCGGCUUGAAGGGACAAAUGUUGACCAGGGAAAGAGAAUAUUGAAGGAGAGUAAUAUGACCAUCAUAACAGCUGAAGACCUCGAUGAUGCAGCUGAAAAGGCUGUGAAAGCAGCAUCCAGUUGAUAGUGUUUCUUGAUUUCCAUAGUCUGACUUGGUUUCUACAUGAUUUCCAAAAACGUUUUUUUUGAAUGUCAGCUCCAAUUUUGAUGGAGAAAAUAUGCAUAUAAAUUGGCAUUGGCACUGGUGAAGUAUAAAUUUGACAAGGAGAAUCUCACAAUGAUACGAGUUCUCUCAAAUUUUUCUCGCGGUUGUCUUAGUAACAGGCGGUUAUCUUUAUCUUUUCCAACCUUUUGUACCCCCCAGGCAUCAACUUAAUUGUAAAGAUGAAACGAAGGGGUGUUUGCCCCGCUGAACCAGGUGGUAUGAGUUCGUUUCUCGACUCCAUUACAUUUCAAUAAAUUGACAUUUUAAUAA